AUGUUCGAAUGUGUUGUGCAACACGUGCAUGCAUUGUUGUUCGGUAGCUUGUUCGUCAACGCACAUGCCAAAGUGAACCUCGAUGAAGUAAAGAAGAAAAACCCACGAGUAGUAUUUGGAGGUUUCUAUACACCUCCAGACUGUCAACCACGAGAUAGGGUUGCUAUUGUUAUUCCAUUUCGAGACAGAGAGGAACACUUGAAGGAUUUUCAACACUACAUAAUACCGGUAUUUCGUCGUCAACUUAUCCAGUUCAAUAUCUAUGUUAUCGAGCAGGCCGGCAACUGUGACUUCAAUCGAGGCAUGCUUCUCAAUGUCGGUGUACUAGAGGCGGCUAAAGACGGUGACUGGCAGUGUUUUUGUCUUCACGAUGUCGACUUAAUCUUGGAAAACGAUCGCAACCUUUACACGUGUCCAGAGAGGCCUAAGCAUUUGUCGGUUGCAGUUGAUAAAUUUAAUUAUCGUUUGUUGUAUUCGACUCUUUUUGGAGGAAUCACAAUUUUAACUAAAGAACAAUAUUGGAAAAUCAACGGUUACUCGAAUAAGUACUGGGGAUGGGGAGGAGAAGACGACGAUUUAUACAAGAGAGUGGUGAAUAAUGGCAUGACGAUAAUGCGACCAGAUGCGGCUGUUACUCGUUACAAGACGGUUAGAGGCACACAUCAAAAAACGAGCAAAAUAAAUCCUGCCAGGUUCAGUUUACUAUCGACGGCAACACACAGAAUGAAAGAGGAUGGUCUGAACAGCGUAUCAUAUAAGGUAACUGGUCGGAAAGAGUACCAGUUAUAUACUAAAAUUACUGUUGCUUUAAAUGGUCAUGUAAAUUGCUGAUCCUUCUUUUAUUUACAUCAAU